ACAAAUACACGCAGCGUAUUUACUCGAUCAACACAGAGAGCGUAGCCAUUUUCAGAGUGUUAUCUUCAAGAACUGACUACACUUCCAUUUUCAACAUGUCUGACAUUGGAUCUGAAGAAUUUGAUGAAGAUGAAGGCAUCAAUUUAGGGAGUUACGAAGGCGACAGAAAUGCCGAGGAAGAAAGACAUGGUUUUGGAAAAGCAACCCUUCCUAAUGGAGACACAUACGAGGGCCAGUACGAACAUGGCAAACGACAUGGGAAUGGAACCUAUCGUUUUAAGAAUGGUGCCAAGUAUGUAGGGGAAUAUUCCAAAGCAAAGAAACAUGGCCAAGGCACAUUCUGGUACCCGGAUGGAUCACGAUAUGAAGGGGACUGGGUUGAAGAUAAAAGAAAUGGCCAUGGUAUAUAUUACUAUAUCAAUGGCGACACAUAUGAAGGAAACUGGUACGAGCACUUACGACAUGGCCAGGGAACAUAUACAUACUCCUCAACAGGGACCAAAUACAUAGGUACCUGGAUAAAUGGCAAGAGAGAGGGAUCUGGUGAAUUGGUUCAUGCUAAUCAUCGAUACAUUGGCAACUUUGCUGAAGACUUCCCUAAAGGCCUUGGCAAAUACAAGUUUGAUAUGGGAUGUGAACAGCAUGGAGAGUAUGUACUAGAGGAACAAAUUCAAGAAGGAGACACUGAAGAGGAUGAACAAAUAACUAUCAUUACACCAAAAUGGAAAUGUUCAAGAAUAACUGAAAUUGAAAAUGCUGUAUAUAACUAAUAUCUGUUGUUUAUUUAAUUAGGUCAAAGCAACAAGAAACCAUUCUACUCCUUCUAACACUGAUUUGUAUAUGAAAAAAUAAAUAUAGUAAACAGCA